AUGAAAACUGCAUUGCAGAAAACAAAAAUUGCAUUGCAGAAAACGGAACCUGCAAUGCAGAAAACAGAAACUGCAUUGCAUAAGGGUCAAGAAGGUGGCAGGCUGGUGAUGAGCGAUGGUGCCCGGCGACGAGUGGCUGGCGAUGGUGGUGGCAGGUGGCCGGCAUCGGCGAAGGGUGGCGAUUGGCUAGAUGUGGACAUGUGGCAUAGUAUGCUUGCCUUAGAAAGAGCGGCAUUGUGUGUAAUUUUGAUAUUUUUGUAA